AUGCCUUCGGAUACAAUUUGGUCUAGUGCUAGUACUUCCCCUAUUCAAUCAACGCCUCUGUUGUCCACAAACAACACAUACAAUAAAAACGCAUUCAAAUCUGUGUUGGACCAGGUUGACUCCGAUGUUGCAAGGAUCUUGAAUUCAAAUCCGUUAGACCCUAUGGACAGACGGUUUUCUUUCAAUGAUGGCAGUGAUAUUGAAGACGACUUUUUUGGUUUGAAGAGGGGCGCCUUAUCAGCGAUAACGGCACCAGUGGGUGGAAACGACCAUAAGUCGAACUCAUCGCCUGUAAAUAAUGGGAACAGAAUUAACUUUGGAACUGCUUCAAUUAGCGGUGGCAUUGCUAGUAGACAUCCACCACAAGAAAGCUUUUUACAGAGAUUUUCAAACGUUGUUGAUGCUACAAGGGAGAUUGAAUUGGGUAAUUUGUCCUUGGAUGGAUCGAGGAGAACGAGCUUCAACAAUGACAGGUACGGAACGGGUUCUCUCAAUGAAAAUUUAAACAUGCCGGUACCUCGUACUUCGAGACAUCAAUCCAUUAGUGAAAAAAUCGAUAAUUAUAACAAUAGCUCACCUAUACAAGCCAAUGUUUCAGUAAAUGGCGACAAUCCACCUGCAGAAUUGAAUAAUACCACAGCAGCAGCAACGUCAACACAUCUUCCUCAAACAUUUUGGAAUCCUGCAGCGGCAGCCUCGUUCACACCUUAUAAUCCCAACUUUCUGGAAAAUGGCGUACCUACGCCACCUCCUAUGCCAUUUCAAAACGCAUUCUUCCGUGGGCAGCAGUCGCAGCAGUCGCAAGAAUCAGAUGCAACCGCUGCCCCCAAUUCUCCUCCCCUUGUACCCCCCCUUAUGGUCCCAUCACCACCACCACCCCCACCUCAUAUGAUGGAUCCCAUGUUUGGCAUGAUGUAUGGAAACUUUCCAAUGCCGUUUCCUCCACCAAUGCCUCCACCACAACCGCCAUCACAAGCCAACAACGAGAAGGCCAAUGACGAUGAUUCCUCUGACUCUGCCGACACUCCUGAAGUGAAAAAGGGCCAAGGUCCCAUUGGAGUCGGACUCAUGAAUAGACUGUUUUCUCCUGCUGCUUUUAUGCUUCCUUUCAAUCCAUAUAUGUACCAACAAGUCCCACACCCUCCUCCUCCACCACCACCACCACCACCAUCAACACAGAAUAUGCCAGACGGGAUGAGAAUGACACUGCCACCUAUGCCACCUUCGUCUUCGUCCGGUCAACUGGUCAACCUGCAGCUGCUGCACACCAAGGGUCACAAACCCCCAGCGGCAGCAGGUGCCGGAUCGUCAGCACCCUCUUCUUCAUCAGCAUCGUCAUCUGGAGCUGCCACAUCCUCGAAAAAGAAGUCCCAUAAAAAGCCGUUCAUUUAUCGUUCGCCACUCCUUGAAGAGGUGCGAGCCAACCAGAGGGAGUUUUUGCUUAAAGAUAUCUAUAGCCAUGGAGCUGAAUUUACCAAAGAUCAACACGGGUCGAGGUUUAUCCAGACCAAGCUUCCUCAAGCUAGCGAUGAGGAGAAGGAGGUGAUAUUUAAGGAGAUUUGUGACAUUUCAUUUGACUUGAUGACUGAUGUAUUUGGUAACUAUGUUAUGCAAAAGUAUUUUGAAUACGGUUCAAAUGAACAAAAGCAAAUUUUGUUGCAAAAAAUGUUGGGUCACAUUUAUGAGUUGUCGUUGCAAACUUAUGGAUGUCGAGUUGUGCAGCGGGCUUUGGAAUCAUUGGAGGAGCCAGAUCAGUUGAAGAUUAUCCUUGAAUUGAAGGAUAAGGUGCUUGUUUGUGCAACUGAUCAAAAUUCCAACCACGUGAUUCAGAAAAGCAUUGAGCUUAUUGAGUUUGAUAAAGUUCGGUUCAUUUUGGAUGCAUUGCAUAAUCAUCUUUACCAUCUUUGUACUGAUCAGUACGGAUGUCGUGUGGUUCAACGAUUGAUUCAUUUCGGCAGUGAGAAAGAUAAGCAAACCAUUUACAGUGAGAUUCAGAGCCAUGUUGGGUUUCUCAUUACUCACAAGUUUGGCAAUUAUGUGAUUCAAGCCUGUUUGGAGAAUUCGCUACGCGAGCAGGAUAUUUUCAACACUGUAGUCUCCAAGUUUACCCAUUUUGCCACCAACAAGUACGCGCUGAAUGUGUGUGAAAAAUUGGUUGAUCUUGCGACGCAGGUGCAGAUCCAGCGGAUUUUGGAAGUUGUGAUGCAAGGUAGUGAGUUGGAACGGAUUAUGGGUGAUGAGUAUGGGAAUUAUGUCGUGCAGAAAAUCGUGUCUGUUCUUGAUGGAGAUAGUCCAGAUAAGAAGAAGUUGGUGGUGAAGUUGCAGCUGUUGUUGUCGAGAAAUAAUAGUGGGAAAAAGAGUGUGGAGAAGAUCUUGUCGUUGUGUGUUGAGAAUAACGGAAAUGGUUGA